AUGGGGGAGAGCAAGCGCGACGUGGCCGUUGUGGGCACGGGCAUGGCUGGCCUAGUGACUGCAUAUCUGCUGCAUCACGAUCCACAGCAGCGAUUCAGGGUGCAUCUAUUGGACAAGAGUCCCCGAGUCUCGCUGAGUGCCGAAUCUAUCGCUAUUCCUUCCACUCAUCCGGUCUCGAAGAAAUCGGCCUGGGCUGACAUCCCCAUGCGUGCUUUUGCUGGUGGCUAUUACCACAAUCUUCUGCGCAUGUACGACCACUUGGGCAUUCACUACCGACCACAGCCAUUCGUCUUCAGCUUUUCUCGGCGCUCAGCUCAUCAGAGUCAUGCCGUGGUGCCCUACAUGGUUCACGCGUCCAACUUCCAUCAGACUCCCCCGAUCCCUCGCGGCGAUCUCGUCCGGUGGAUCUGGGAGGCGAUAUAUGUUUUAUUCUUCUAUUGGUGGUUUGUUCUUUGCUGUUUCUUUGUCCGUCCGCUGGUAUUUGGGGACAUGGAAGGUGAAUCCUUCGAUCACUAUGUGCGUCGCAUCCACCUGCCCCUGUACUAUGUCGAUAGUUACUUGCUGCCGAUGAUGUCUAGCGUCUGUACUUGCUCGCAUGUGGAGCUGCGACGCUUCCCCGCCUCAGAUAUUAUCGCGUACAAGAGACUUAUUCACCAGCAGCCGCAUUUCGUCGUCCCCGAUGGCGUGUAUACUGUGCAGGAGAAAUUGCUGCGCGGACUGGACGUGCGUCUCGGCGUCGAGACUAUUGAAGUGUUGCCAACCUCGCACGGGGUCCAGCUCACUCUGCGCGACGCCACCCGCGUGUGUACUCAACUCUUCGACCUCGUCAUCCUGGCCGUGUCCCCAGACGUCGCCGCCGCGAUCUUCAGAGCGGCUCGGCCAUCCUUGCGGGAUGUGCCUACUACGACUGUCCAGACUGUCGCUCACACGGACUUCUCGACUGUCGUUGCGCGGCUGCAGGACGGGGUCACGAUGCCCCCCGACUCCUGUUCUCCGCAAAUGAUAUGCUUCUGCAGCAACGGUCUUACCACGGAGGCUAUUCAUGCCCAGCCGAACGGGAUCUUGAUCACGACCAAUCCGCUCAUGCCCAUCGAUCCGACCACCAUCAUCCGGUCCGCGGUGUUCACGCGCGUGCUGCGCACCCCGACCAGCCAGCGCAUUCUCCGGGAGAUCUUCAGGGAGGAUGGCUCCGCUGACACAGAGUCGCAGCGAGAUGCGUUCGUUGAUGGAUCCAAGAGAUGGCGCAGCGGCGAUGACGGGGUCUACCUGGCGGGCGGAUGGUGUUGGGAUGGCAUGGUGCUGUUGGAGGGAUGUGUUGUGUCGGCGAUGCGUGUUGCAGCCGACUUAGAUGUGGAGAUUCCCUGGAUAUGA